AUGUUUACUGAUACCAAUAUUUGGGAGCAUCUUGUUAAGGAAAGAAAGCUUAUCUACUUUAUUGGGAUACCACCUGUUACAGAUUAUGAAAUGAAAAUAUAGGAAUAUAAAGAAUAGUGUUCGAUGCAACCUGUAGAUGAAAACUUAACUAAAUAAUAAUUUUAUUAAAUGAACCAAAUAGAAGAAUAUUUUUUACCUACUAUCAUCGAUAUUAAUUAACAUAAUUAAUAAAUUGCUAAUAUUAGUGAUUGGAGAAAGAUUUUUUAUAAAUAUCACAACAAAAUAUGCUAUAAAGGAGUGUACUUAGGUGAUUAUGAUUCUCAUGGUAUUGAAAGACUGGAAGCUUUUUAGAUAGGUUAUUUUGUGUUCUUCAUAAAAUUAACAGGAGACCCAAAUAUACCUUAAGGUAAGAUAACUUUUUAUAUGAGGCUCACAGAAGAUUUAAAAAACGGUAUUGGGUAUAUAUAGUUAGCUGACACAGGUUAUAUUUCACCUCGUUGGGGUUAAGCAGCUAUAAGUGUAAAGAAGCAUUCUAAUAAAAAAGAUGUUGCCUAAGGAGAAUUAUAAAAAAAUAUGGAUAAUAUUUAUAAAUAAAUUAAAGUAGAUUGGUUUAUAAAACAAGUAUUGAUAAUUACGUUUACUUAAAAAUUCAGAUUUGCUAUUUGGAAGGAAGAACAUGAAUUUAAAAUUAAAAACAAACAAAAAUUUCUAAAUAUAAUGUAUUAAGAUUUUCAUUUUAGCAAUUUAUCAUUUUCUUCAAGCCUUAGUCCAUUGUAAUUCUUCGAUAAUCUCGAUAAUAAUAAUAAUAACAACAAUAAUAACUAAAAUGAAUGA